AUGGCGUAUUAUGCUGCUCUCGCUUCUCUCGUGCACUUACUCGAAGAUAUAAUCCUUCACCAUCAUUACCCAAACUUCCUUCUCAGUAAACACCCAAUCAUGAAAUCACUCCUACAAAAAUUCAGCCUUCUCGAAGCAUCACUGCAAAAUUAUUCAUCCAGAGGCGACGAAGCCAGUGAUCGUCUGGAAGCACGGAUAAGAGACGUGUCGUAUCGAGCACAGGACAUCAUCGAAAUCAAGAUCACAGACCAGAUUGAUUUCAGAUCACAUGUAAUGGUAAGAAUAUUUUACCCUCUGAUUUCAGGUCGUCGAACAGAAAAGAAUUUCGAAGAAGAACUGCGUGAGGCGGAGGAAGAAGCUGAUUCCAUUUUCGAGGAGCUGAAAAAGGAUUUUAUUGUCGAGGAAAGGAAUCUAGAAAGUGAAGAUUCGCAGCUGAAUCAACGGUGUAAUAAUUCUAGGGUUUCUACACUCCCAUUUCGAAGAGACCAUGCAAUUAUGGGAUUCGAUGAAUAUCUUACAACAAUUAAGGAUCAUCUCUGCGGACAUUCUUCCCAACUCCAAGUCAUUACAAUAGUCGGAAUGGGCGGAAUUGGCAAGACAACUUUGGCGAGGGCUGCGUUCGAUGAUCCGUUAUCGGUUUAUAACUUUGAUCGUCGUGUAUGGGUUGUUGCUUCGCAAGAUUUUCGAUUGAAUCUAGUUCUUAGUAGCAUUUUGAAAUCGAUGAAUGUUAACAUGGAUGAAUCGAGUGUAAGAGACGAGGGUUUCUUAAAGGAGAGGAUAUACAAGCAUUUAAUUGGUCGGAGAUACCUCGUUGUAAUAGAUGAUGUCUGGAGUACAAAAGUUUGGGAUGAUGUAAAGCAUGCAUUUCCAAAUGUUUGUAAUGGAAGUCGCAUUUUGUUGACGAGUAGAUUAUCGGAUGUGGCCUAUUACGCCGGGGGAUCUAAUUUUAUACACGAGAUGAAGUUUCUAGAUGCGGAUGCAAGUUGGAAUUUACUUCGAAUGAAGGUGUUCGGACAAGAACAUUGUAAUAUGGAAUUGGAAGAGAUUGGAAAGAUUAUAGCAAUUAAAUGUCGGGGGCUUCCCCUUGCAAUUUGUGUAAUAGCAGGUAUCCUUUCUGGUGUCCGGACACUGCAACAUUGGAGAGAAGUUGCGAGAAAUGUGGGUUCUGUUUUGAGCGAAUCUGGCGACAAACACUUGUCCGAUAUACUAACUCUGAGCUACAAUAACUUGUCGCAUUUGCUCAAAGCUUGUUUUCUAUACAUUGCAAGUUUUCCGGAAGACUUUGAAAUCGACGUGCGUAGGCUUAUCAGGUUAUGGGUUGCCGAGGGAUUCUUGAAAUUAGUCAAAAAAUUCCAAACCUUAGAAGAAGUAGCCGAGGAAUGCGUGGAGGAUCUCGUGAAAAGAAAUCUUGUUAUUAUCACAAAACAUAGGGCGAACGGGCGAUUCAAGCAGUGCAAAAUGCACGAUGUUUUGAGAGAUUUCUGUCGAGAAAGAGCCGUACACAAAGGUUUCUUUCACGGAAUAGAUUGGGAAAAGUGUUUCAAAAGGCAUGAGGAUGAAUUGCGACAUUCUUACGCUUAUUCCGAGCCUUGGGAGGCACACGGCGCGCGUAAAUAUGUUAGAACAAUUCUAUGGUCUAACAGAUUCUACAACAAUAAGAAUGCCUAUGUUUGGGAAUGCCUUAGACUUAGAUUGUUGAAAAUAUUCGAUGUAUAUGAUGAAGAUGGAUAUCGGCUUUCUUCCGCCCCUAAAGCAUUUUCACGAAUGUUUCAUCUCAAGAACAUCACUCUACAACCUCUCUGGCGCGAGGAUUUCCAUCUUCAUCGACAUAUAUUUCAGCUUCAAAAUCUCCAAAUCUUGGUUAUCGGUAGCUCAUAUUUUCACUCCCCGAUCAUCAAAUCGCCGUCUGAAUUUUGGCAGCUGCGGCGGCUGAGACAUUUUAUAGUUUCUCCGGCAGCAACACUGCCGCCACUUCAGGUGGCGCCGCCUGCGGCGACACUAGAAGAUCUACAAACACUUCAGAAAAUAAUGAAUUUCAGAUUCACUAACAACGCCAUUCGAAUGAUUCCCAACCUAAGAAAAUUAAAAUUCAUCAUCCGAAGUAGGAAAACCAAUGGGAUCUUGGAGGAUUAUUGCCUCGGAAAUUUAGUUCAUUUGCGCCGUCUUGAGGAGCUUAAAUUCGAAGUUUUUGUCGACGCGGAUCUAAUCCGUGCUUCCCUAGAGGAUACCUUUGUCUUCCCGCGGAAUCUUAACAAGUUAUCUUUGCUUGGCUGCAGAUUCUCAUGGGAUAAAAUGUCGACAAUUGGUUCCCUUCUGAAUUUGCAGGUUCUUAAGCUCAGUGUUUUUGCAUUUGAUGGAGACGAGUGGGAACCCAUCGAAGGAGAAUUUCUGCAGCUGAAGUUCUUGCUGAUGGAUCACUUAGAUCUCAAGCAUUGGAGAGCAGACAACACGCAUUUCCCGCGCCUUCAACACCUCAAAAUUGUUAAGUGUAGUUUCUUAAGGGAGAUUCCCAUAGAAAUCGGGGAGAUUCCAACACUUGAGUCUAUUACAUUAGAGUUUACAUUCUUGGCAGCAGAUUCCGCGAAGCUUAUUCUUGAAGAACAACGAAGCCUCGGAAAUGAUGUUCUUCAAGUGCUUUCACUAAUUGAAGACUUAAAGCAAAGGCAAAAAGAACUUGAGUAUUGUGAAGUCCAACCUAAGGUAUUGAGAGAAGUACUAUACAUCUUGCCGUUCAACCGACUGCCUGUUAGCCGGGCCGAUGCUAUAUUUCAAAGUCAAUUCCAAGAAGGUUCAUCUGUUGUUCCUAUCAUGGAUUCUGUUGAUCAUCUUGUUGAACAAGUUCCCAUUGAUGAAGGUGAGGAUGAUGAAAUGCACGAGGACGUCGAUUUGGAGAUUCUUGAUUUUCUCAAGAAAUCCGGGAGGAACGACAACUACUUACAAGUAUCAUCUGAAUAG